AUGCCAAAAACCAAACCAGGAUAUUAUGCUGUACGAAAAGGACGUAAAACAGGAAUAUAUUUAACUUGGGAUGAAUGCAAAGUGCAAGUUAAUAAAUUUCAUAAUGCUAUGUAUAAAAAAUUCCCUACUCGUACCGAAGCUCAAAAUUUUAUUGAAGGAAAACAUGAAGUUUCUGUAAUUUUAAACGAUAAUGAUAAUCCUAAUAAUUUAAGCGAAAGAUUACCUGGAUCAGAACAAACUAACAAUCAUGCUGAAAUUUAUGCUGUGAUUAGAGCUCUUGAAGUUUGUGAAAAUAAAACAAAACUUUUGGAAAUAAUGACAGAUAGUAAAUAUGUAAUUAAUAUAAUUGAAGAUUGGGUCGAAAAAUUGGAAAAAAAUAGAUAUAUGAGUUAUAAUAAUACACCAGUCAAAAAUCAAGAUUUAAUCAAAAGGUUAAAAAAACUUAUUGAUAAUAGAAUAGGUACGGUUCGAUUGAUUCAUGUUAGAGGUCAUUGGAGAAAUUAUGGUAAUGAACAAGCUGAUAGAUUAGCUAAACUUGGAUUAUUACAAGAAGCGACGGAAGAAAAUUUUAAAUCAGAAACUUAUUCUAAACAUAUUACUGAUUAUUUUAACAAUAAAUAUUUAUUAAAAAUUUGA